AUGACUGCGCGGUUGGCGCUGGACGAGGUCACCGACACGGGCGCCUUCGACCGGUCGCCAUCCACCUUCCGGAGCUCCGUUUCUAGGGACGGGCGGUUCCCCGCCAUGGCAGGGCGGUACCACCUCUACGUCUCGUACGCGUGCCCCUGGGCGUCCCGGUGCCUCGCCUUCCUCAAGCUCAAGGGCCUCGACCACGCCAUCGACGUCAUGGUCGUGAAGCCCAUCUUCGAGCGGACCAAGGAGAGCGACGAGCAUCUGGGCUGGGUGUUCCCCGCCGCCGACGAGGAGCCCGACGCCGAGCCCGACCCUCUCAACGGCGCUUGGAGCGUGAGGGAGCUCUACGAGAUCGCCAGCUCCAACUACGCCGGGAAGCCAACCGUCCCCUGUUCCAUUGCGUUUCGGGUGCUGUGGGACAAGCAGCUGAAGAUGGUGGUGAACAACGAGAGCUCCGAGAUCAUCCGGAUGCUCAACGCCGAGUUCAACGGCAUCGCCAGGAACCCCAGGCUGGACCUCUAUCCAGCCCACCUCCGGGCCUCCAUCGACGAGGCCAACGAGCUGGUCUACGACGCCAUCAACAACGGCGUCUACAAGUGCGGCUUCGCCAAGAAGAAGGACGGCUGCGUGCUCGUGCAGGAUUUGGGGUCGCUCACCAGCAUCCAUGACAGUGCGCGUGAACUCUUCUACUACCUCAAGGGUGGACAGGUGGACUAUGGCGAGGAGCACAGCAAGGCUUGCGGCCACAACAGGGCACUAUUCUGUUUGUUAAGAGCACAACCCAGUGCAUUUUGUGUGGCACUCUGCUGGCGCGUAGGUUGUGAGGGUGCUGCAUCAGAUGCUUGCCGACAAGCUAGGCUGAUCGCUGCCAUGGCGAUCAGCUAUGAACUAUGA